AUGAAAGAUCUCAAGUAUAUGAAACUUGUGUCCCCCACCGGUCGGCUCAUACUAGCGACCCCGCAAGUCGAAGACGAUCUCGCCGUAUCAAUCCUCCGAUCAGAUCCCGCCGUUCUUCGCUACCUCGCCGGAGUCAUCCCAGACGUAUGCGAAAUCGAAGACGCUCGUCAGCUACGGGAAGCCCGCUCCCAGGACAAACAAACAUGCGACUUCUACAUACACCUCCUCGAAGACGACUCACCCAAGUUCGUUGGGAUGACGGGGAUCUUUAAGAUCAGUGACGCGCAUCGAUCAUGCGAGGUGGGAAUCUUGAUUUCACCGCAAGUACACGGGCAAGGAAUAGCUACGGAAGCACUGUAUACAGCGCUGAAUUUCGCCUUUGCGGAGAGGGGGAUGCAUCGCGUUACUGCGCAAACCAGUGCUGCGAACCAACCCAUGAGAAAGUGGUUCGAGGAAGUAGCUGGUGCAACUGUGGAUGGCCGUAUGAGAGACGCCUGGUCGACGGCUCCGGGGAAAUAUGUAGACACGAUUGUGUAUGGCAUAUUAGAGGACGAGUGGAGAGACGUGAUCAAGUCAAAAUUGGAGGCAAAGAUGACAAAGGAGAAGGGUGGCGGGAAAACUACGGCCUAA